ACCAACCCUGAGAACCAACAAGGGAAACCUGGCGUGCUCUGCAGAUCGAUCCUUUUAGGACUGCGAGCACUGUUGCCGGCACGUGGAAACGGUCCACAAACGGAAUUGCGUGAUGGCCGUGGCGGGGAUCAAAGCUUAACCCUCUCCCCUCCUGCCCGCCUGAACACUGACCCCGCUGGCCUGGAACAAGAUGGCAGCCUCUUUCUUUUCCGAUUUUGGCCUGAUGUGGUAUCUGGGGGAGCUUAAAAAGGAGGAGUUCAAAAGGUUCAAGCUGCUCCUGAGAAAGGAGGCUGUGGAUCUUGGACUUGAGCCAAUUCCCUGGACUGAGGUCAGGAAGGCCACGCGGGAGGAUUUGGCCAAUCUGCUGAUCAAGUGCUACAAGGAGGAACACGCCUGGGAAGUGACCUUCAGGGUCUUCCACCAGAUGGACAGAAAGGACCUCUGUGAGAAGGCCAAGAGGGAGAGUUCUGGUGAGUGACCCUGAAGUGGCCAGAAGGCCCUCUUUUCAUUAAAAAAANNNACUAAGAUUUAUGAGCAUUUUGAGCCGAAGGAACGGGACUAUUUGGAGCUCCUUUUUGCGCCGACGGCAACCGGAGAACGGCCACAGACUGUGGUCAUCCUGGGAAGCCCCAAAUUUGGGAAGACGACAUUCCUGCUCAAGUUGUUAAUGGCCUGGGCAGUGGACGCUGUCUAUCGCGACAAGUUCUUGUAUGUUUUCUAUUUCUGCUGCCGGGAAGUGAAGGGCUUGGCAGCCACGAGCUUGGCGGAGUUGAUUUCCAGAGACUGGCCCAACUCUUCGGUGCCAAUAGCUGAAAUCCUGGCCCAGCCAGAGAGACUCUUGUUCAUCGUCGACAGUUUUGAACAGAUGCCGCGUACUCUCAGAGAACUGGAGUCCGACCUCUGCAGUGACUGGGCGCAGCGCGAGCAGCCGGGAGAGGUGGUCCUGGGGAGUUUGAUGAAAAAGAAGAUGCUCCCAGAGUCCUCGGUGCUCAUUGCCACCACAAGCGCGAGGCAAGAGGACCUCCAGGCUCAACUGGAGCGCCCGGAAAUUAUCAAGCUCAUGGGCUUCGAUGAGGGCGACCGAAAGCUGUUCUUUGCCUGUUUCUUUCAAGACCGAAAGCGAUCCACGGAGGCCUUCGGCCUCAUUCAAGAAAACAAACAGCUCUUUAGCAUGUGCAAAAUCCCCGUCCUGUGCUGGGUGGUGUGCACUUGUCUGAAGCAGGAAAUGGAGAGGGGCCGAGAUCCAGCGCUCGCCUGUCACAGCGUCACCUCUGUGUACACGUCUUUCCUCCUGAACUCCUUUGCACCCAAGGGCGCUCCCUGGCCGCAUCGGCCCAGCCAUGCCAGAGUGAAGAGUCUGUGCUCCCUCGCUGUGGACGGCAUGUGGAUAAACGCCGCGGAGUUCACGGACAAGGAUCUCCGGAGGAACGGACUGGUUGAAAGUGACGUCUCCGCGUUGCUGGACUUGAAGCUUCUUCGGAAGUGCAGGGGCUGUGAGGGUUUGUACACGUUCAUCCACUUCUGUGUCCAAGAGUUCUGUGCCGCCCUGUUUUACAUGAUAGCGGACCCCCGAGAUCACCCCAACCCAGCUGUGGGGAGCACAGAGGCGCUGCUGUUGCUCUUCCUAAAGAGAGAGAAGGACCCCUGGGUGUUUUUGGGGUGUUUUCUGUUUGGUCUUCUACAUGCAGAGGAAAGACAAAAAGUGGAGGCCUUCUUCGGCUACCAACUAUCCCAGAGCGUACAGCAGCAAAUCUACCAGGGCCUGAAGGGUUUCACUGAACAUGAACUUCUGGAGGCAGAGGUGGACUUCUUGGCGCUCUUUUACAGUCUGUUUGAGAUGCAGGACGACGCCUUUGUGAGAAAGGCCAUGGGCUGCUUCCAAGACGUUCAAAUCUGCAUCACGGACACCAUGGACCUGAUGGUUUCUGCUUACUGCCUGCAACACGCCUCUGAUUUAAGGAAACUCUUUUUCUCCAUCCAGAAUGUCUUCGAUGAGAAGAAUGGAAGCCAAUUUACGGCGAGCUGCAAUCUUGUCCACUGGCUUUGCAUCUGCUCUGUGCUCACCACCAACAAAAAUCUCAGAACGCUUCAACUCAUGGAGAGCACCUUCGACGAGUCAGCCUGUGUGGCUUUGUGUAAACAGCUGAGAGACCCCAAGUGUCAAGUUCAAAAUCUCGAAGUGCACGCGGUCUCCUUCUCGGGCAAGAACUGGAUUUUCUUUGAGGCUUUCCCCAAUAACCUGCAUCUAACGUACGCGGACAUCCGCAACGUACAAACGAGCCAGGGUGACAUCCAGUUGCUCAGCAACGCUCUGAGGGAACCACUGAGCAAGCUGGAAGAUCUCCUGGUGGCUGGCUGCAACAUCCGUGAACCCUUCUGGGAGAACCUGUGUGAAGUUCUCCUGUGCAGUAAAAAGCUGGUGCAUUUGGAUGUCAGUGCAAAUAUCGUGAAAGACCAUGAUUUGAAGCAACUCUGUGAGGCCAUGAGACACCCAAACUGCAUCCUGGAGUCCCUGUGUCUGUCGAAAUGUCUCCUCUCCAGCGAGCACUGUCGAAACAUCGCCGCGGUUCUCGUCAGCAAACCAAACAUGAUCAAUCUGGACAUUGGGGAAAACGACAUACAAGAUGAGGGUAUGAAGGUGUUGUGCGAAGCCGUGGCCCAUCCCAACUGCCGCUUGGAGAAUCUUGGGGUGGAGCAGUGCAAGCUGACAAGUGCCUGUUGUGAGGACCUCGCCUCGGCUCUUGCGCACAACCCAGCUCUGUGGAGGGUAAACAUGGUUGGGAAUGCCUUGGACCACAAUGGAUUGGAGGUGCUGUUUGAGGCCUUGCGACACUCUCAGUGUCCCCUGAAGGUGCUUGGCCUGAAAAAAUCCGACUUUGACGAGGAGACUUGGGCCUUUGUGGAGGCUGAGGAGGAGAAAAACCCUUCCCUGACCAUCACAGAGUUCGUCUGAAACCGAGGUCGAGCCACACGUGGACCCAUCAGGGCACCAACCACCUGGCCUCCUCCCGACCGGAGCGCGGACUGGCUCAGAGUGGGAGUCGAGGGCCGUCCACGUACCUAGUUUGCAUUAAAAAUCCCUGGCACUGA